AUGGUCAGAGAAGAAAAAAAGAGAGAAAGUGCCAUAUUUAAUGAAGAUGAGAAUAUUAUAUUAUUCCCUAUGGCUGGUGCACAUUAUGAUGAUGAUGAAACUCCAUCAAGAAUAUAUAAAGUGAAAAGUUCUUUAUCAAAGUUCUGCUCUAGUAAUAUAAUGUGUGCUGUUGGUUGUAUAUUAGUAAUUAUUUUUGUAAUAGUAAUACUUGGGAUAAUUCUAUAUCUAAAUAGAACCAGAUAUGAAAUUACUUUUAUAAAUAGACUCAGUGAGAAAUUAGACUUCUUUGGUUAA